UGAGGAUGAUUCAACCACAUAGAAUCUAGACAGGUAAAAAUAUGGACCUCACUUCACUGCUCAUGUAAUUUUCAGAAAGUCUUCUGUGUAGAUCUGCUGGAGUUCACAAGACUCUUACCAUCUUGCUCCCCUAAACAAAUCACAUUCUUUAAACCCUUCGAACCACAUUCACGUCAAAAGAGCAGCAGUGACGCAUACAGGUGCUGUGGAUUACUCUUGCAUGGCCAAUGUCAAUAACCCAAAAGAGACAGUUGUUUCUAUAGCCACUGCUGAGGAUUGAUUCACCCAUAAGGAUCAACAUGAAUAAGACUGCCUAGACUGACCAAUAAGAAGAAAAAAAAUUAAGGAAUUCAUUUUGAAGUUAACCCUUAACCAUGAAAUAGCUUUGGAAUGUUUGGUGUGGAGCACCUGGAUGAAGUUUUGACAGUGUUAAGAUGCUGUAAUUCUCAAAAUGUGCUACCACAAAUGGCUUUGCUCGGUGUCACUCCUUCUUACUUUCUACAAUUUCAAAAAUGUGUGACAGUGGGAGCAGGGGACUGCAUGGCCUCUCGAACUGCUGUACACCAACAGCUGUUCUGCUGAUGAUAGGACACAUGAAGGCUGCUCUUGGAGCCAUUUAAAUUUUAAAGAUCCUCUGAAGUGUCAGCUGUAGGCCUGUGAGUGUGUGUGCAGAGGGACAGCUCUCCAAUCUCUGCCACUUCUCCAGAUUUGUUGGCUUGUGAAAUCCACAAGCAGAAAUUCUCCUGAGUGAACUUUAACUUGGUUCAGAGAUUCACAGGGUGCUUUAUAUCAAGGAAAAUGGGAGCUCUAAUUGCUAAGAUGUUGCUGCCCACCAUCAGCAGUUUGGUAUUUCUGCCUGCAGCCAGCGUUGCCACAAAGAGAGGUUUCCACAUGGAGGCCAUGGUCUACUUCUUUACAAUGUUCUUCACAUCGAUCUAUCAUGCAUGUGAUGGACCAGGCCUGUCUGUUCUGUGCUUCAUGAAAUAUGAGAUUUUGGAGUACUUCAGCGUUUAUGGUACAUCAAUCUCUAUAUGGGUUACAUUAUUAGCUCUAGGAGAUUUUGAAGAGCCCAAGCGCUCCACGCUCACCAUGUUUGGAGUGCUUACCUCUGCUGUGAGGAUAUACCAGGACCGCUGGGGCUACGGCAUCUACUCCGGCCCCAUCGGCACAGCUGUGCUCAUGAUCACAGUCAAAUGGUUACAAAAAAUGAAAGAAAAGAAGGGCCUGUACCCAGACAAAAGUGUGUACACUCAGCAAGUGGGGCCAGGAUGCUGCUUUGGAGCCCUGGCUUUGAUGCUUCGCUUCUAUUUUGAGGAGUGGGACUAUGCUUACGUGCACAGUUUUUACCACCUGUCACUGGCCGUGUCCUUCGUACUUCUGCUGCCAAAGAAGAACCGCUAUGCAGGGACGGGGCGCAAUGCAGCUAAACUCAACUGCUACACACUCUGCUGCUGUGUAUGAUGUCCCUUUAUGAUGACACUCAUUUCUUGUAGCGACAUCCCAACCUCCAGUAAAAGCGAAUGCUCGUACCAUUUGGACGACACCCCAAAAGCCCUGGAUGCGGGCCUGCAGUCCUGGCCUUCCAUUUCACCACUCCCAGCCACGCACAAUGUAACACGCAAAGAUGUCUGCUACCAGCAAUCCAACAGUGAGGACAGUUAUAUGACCUUCAGGCAAGCCAAGAAUGUGCGGGGCGACGUACUCAACCACCACAACACAGACUUUAAUGUUGAAAGGAUGCCCUUGUAAACUAUAGAGCAAAAGGCCACUAAAGGCUUUGCCUCCAAAUGUGUAGACAUAUGAUGUGGUCAUAUAAAACCAGGUAGUCAUAGGGUUACUAAAACGGCUGACGUCCAGCUGGAAAGUUUACGAGUCGCGAAACAUAGCAGACAUUUUAUUUCUCCAGAAUGAAUAAAUUGUCUUUUAAGAUGUACCUCAGGAGAGAUUGCUUGUCUACAUUUCUCUAAGAGAAAUGGCCAUUAAAUGCAGUUAAAAAUGCUGAAAAAUACCAGAACUAAAAAAACAACCAAAUCUUAUUCUUCAUAUUUAUUGUCAUGUCAUUUGGUAUAUCAGCCAUCUGAACACAGCUGAAAUAAACUAAAAUGUUCCAGGAACAAGAAGCAAACAGUCAUUCUGAUGUGUCUUGCAGCAGGUGGAAAGUAGUGUGUUUAUUCCAGUGUACUGUGAGCGCUUUUUUUUUUUCCUUUGAAAUGUAUUAUGUAGUAUGCCAACAACUGUGUAAAUAUAUUUAUUUAUUGUAAUACCACUACUAGCUGAAGGUUGUAAUUUCAUG